AUGUAUCAGUGUAAAAGGAAGCGCGCAUGUAUGGUGGAAGACUGCAAGAAAUUGCACCACUCUACAUUACAUGACACCGGUGUCACUGUGCAUGAGCCACCAAGAGCGAAAGAAAAUAGCGCUCAGCAGGUAAACACUGUGCAAACACGCAAGUAUGACCAUAAAGCAACAACAAUUUUGUACAAGAUAUUGCCAAUUGAGCUGCGAGGUGCAAAUAAUCACAUUAUUAAAACAUUUGCCUUAAUCGAUGAAGGUUCGUCAUGCACGCUCAUCAAUAAAGCAGUAGCCAGUCAGUUGGGAAUGUCUGGCCAAAGCACUCAACUGUCUUUGCAAUGGUUUGGUGGAAGAGAGACCAAGUUCAAGUCUAUGAGAUUGGAAGUGCAAAUAAAAGGAACUAGUCACAAAGCCAAGUGGCACAAGCUGAUUGCACGAACUGUUCCUAGCCUUGAUUUGCCAAUGCAAACAGUCACAUUUGCUGAACUACACUCGAGGUAUCGCCAAAUUAAACAUCUUCCAAUAGUUGAUUACACUGAUGCAGAGCCAACAGUCCUAAUUGGAUUGGAUAAUUGCCAUAUUACAGCCAGCUUGAGGAGUAUCCAAUGUGAAAAUUCGAUUGUUGCAGUAAAAACAGAAUUGGGAUGGCUCGUUUAUGGUAAACAUAGCGAUGAACUAAAACCGAUAGUUGAACGAGUAUCGAUAAUUUUGCAUACAUCCGUUAAAGUCGACAUACAAGAAUGGAUUUCAGAUUACUUUACAACCGAAAAUUUUGGUGUUGCCGUGCCUGCAAAGGUUAUAGAAUCCAAAGACGUCGUUCGAGCUAAAAGAAUUUUGCGCGAGACAAUUAAGAGAAUCGGCGAUAAAUACGAGUGCGGUUUGUUGUGGAGGUCUGACGAAAUCCAUAUGCCCGAUAGUUAUAACAUGGCCCUCAACCGCCUACAUUCAAUUGAGAAAAAGAUGAGAAAUGAUUUUGAAUUCGAGCGCGCGUAUAAAUCUGCCAUGUCAAGCUUUAUCGCCAAGGGAUACGCUAGGGAAUUAACGCCAACUGAGGCAAAGGUUCAAACGCAUUUUAAUUGGUACUUACCACAUUUUGGAGUUUUUAAUGUCAAUAAGCCUGGAAAGCUGCGGCUGGUGUUCGACGCGGCAGCGGCGGUAAACAGGGUGUCGUUAAACUCUGUUCUCCUGAAGGGUCCAGAUGAAAUGCAACCCUUGAUUAGAGUAUUGCUACAAUUUCGAGAGGGCGUUGUUGCCAUAUGCGCUGACAUAAGGGAAAUGUUUCUACAAGUCGGCAUGAGGCAGGAAGAUCAGAAUGCACAACGUUUUCUGUGGCGGUACGACAUCAAUGACCCUGCAGGAAUCUAUGUGAUGACUUCAAUGAUUUUUGGAGCCACAUGCUCUCCAUGCAUAGCACAGCAUGUUAAGAACAGAAAUGCUGAGGAAGUCGCCGGUGAUCGCCCCGAAGUGAUAAGGGUAAUAACUGACAAUCAUUAUGUGGAUGACUUCGUGUGCAGCUUUAGGGACGAGAGUGAAGCAUUGGAAAUUGGCCAAGCCGUGAGGGAAACUCAUUUAAAGGCCGGAUUUGUUUUGAGAAUUUUUAUCUCCAACUCCAGAGACGUGCAAAACCGCCUAAACAAAAGCGUUCAACACUCACAGGCCGUAGUUAGCAUGGAUGCAGGUGGUCAUGUCGACAAGGUGUUGGGACUGUUCUGGGACAGCCAAGUUGAUGCACUUGUAUUCAAACUAAAAUUGCAUCGAGUUGAUCCACAGAUACUCACAGGGGACAAAUGCCCAACUAAACGCGAAUUUCUGGGUUUGGUGAUGUCUGUUUAUGACCCCUUGGGAAUGUUGGCCGAUAUUAUGAUAUAUGGGAAGAAUUUACUGCAGUCACUGUGGAGGAAAGGCACUGCGUGGGACAACGAAAUUCCUUCUGAUAUUCUUGGCAGAUUCACGUCAUGGAUCAGAAGAUUACGAAUGGUGGAACAGCUCAGAGUAAGUAGAUGCUAUGCGCCAGAAUUUUUGUCGCCAAAUACCACUGUUGAACUGCAUGUAUUCGUGGAUGCCAGUGAGCAAGCCUUCGCUGCAGUGGCCUUUUGGAGAAUAAUUGCACCCGGAAGCGUUAAAAUUAGCUUUGAUUUGGGAAAAACCAGAUGCGCACCACUGAAACUGCUGUCUAUACCUCGCUUAGAGCUGCAGGCUGCUGUUUUGGGUACACGGUUGAAAUCAACGAUUGUUGAAAGCCAUACUAUCAAACCCAGCCGAACUAUUUUGUGGACUGUUUCUAGAACGGUUUUGAUGUGGAUCAAAUCUGACCAUCGACAAUAUAAACCUUUUGUUGCGCAUCGUAUAAGCGAUAUAAUGGAUGAGACACACGAGAACGAAUGGCGUUGGUGCCCAUCGAAGUUGAAUGUGGCCGAUUUGGCUACAAGAGCUGCUUACCCUAUGCGCGAGGAAACAGAUUUACGGUGGACAAGGGGUCCUGAAUUUUUGCUUCAGCCAGAAGAGCUUUGGCCAGUUUUGCAAGGCAUAAAGGUGGAGGCGGUCGUCGAUGAUGAGAAACGAAGAUGCAUGCUGGUGAUUCCGGCGGGAAAGGUAAUUAAUUUCACACGCUUUUCGAAUUAUUUGCGUCUGAAGCGAACGAUUGCUUGGACACUACGAUUUUUUUCUAAUGUCAAAGCCAAAUACAUUGGAUCAGUAGGGCCGUCAGGAGAACUUACCUCCGCCGAACUAAAGGACGCGGAGCUGCGAUUGUGUCGAAUAGUUCAAAAAGAGGCAUUUCCCAACGAAAUUAUGCAAUUGAAAAAUAAUAACACCGUGUCAAAGGACAGUGACAUUUAUAAACUUACGCCGCAACUCAAUCACGAUGGUGUCCUAUGCGUACAAGGGCGAAUAGAUUACGCGGCCGCACUUAGUGAGGGCACGAGAAGACCUAUCAUAUUGCCAUACAGACACGACUUCACUGAAUUGGUCGUUCAGUGGUACCACCAAAGACUUUAUCAUCAAAACCACUAG